AAUCAAAGCAAAGGAAAGCAGAUUUUUUUUGGCUUCACUUCUAAAGCUUUGUGCAUUAUUGAGAGUUACUCUCAAAUUAAGACCUUUCCAGCUUAGAGUCUGGCUGCAUAAAGCACGGACUGUUCAUCCCUUUAUACGAUAAUCUGUAAACGUACUUUAUUCCGCCAUAUCAAAAAAAAAAAACAACUGCCGGAAACAAUGAUAACUUCCGUGCUGUUCGAUUGGAAAGUGAAAUACUUGCACUGAUAUCGCCGCAAUGAUAGGUCGCAAGUCGCGAUUUGCCGUUCCCUUGUGCUGCGGUGUUGCGAUUCUUUUGCUCUUCACAUAUCCUGCCAACUGUCAGGACAAUCGACAGAAUGUGAGUAUAUUUUUAAAUCAAAACGACACGGUGUUGGAGCAGUAUGGAGCAGCGCUGGAGAAUUCCACAACCGGGGAAGCCGGUUCGCAUGACUUUGUUCACACUGAGGAAGACGAAGAAGAAGACGCAGUGAACUACAAUUUAAUUGCACCCACCUACGAAUACCAUUUGGAGAAGUCUUCGAUAAUCUAUGGCUUGGUGAAGGUGGCCAACGGUAGCAACGUAAAUCCCAGCUGCCAUCGCCAUUUGGGCAGCGUACGCCGAGGCAUUCUGCGCAAGGAACCCUGGGCUAUGAAGGUUUUGGAUGCUUCCGGCUCUAAGCCGCCCGGCUUCGUAUUCGGACAAAAUUUUUGGUUCGGCAGCCGGGAAGCAUGCGGCGCAGUUAGACGCCCUGUGGGCAUAACGCUGUCCGAUAACUAUCCCCGCGUCAUGAAGCAGGGCAUCAUAAAUGACUUGGCCCCAUUCGAUAUGGAUUACCGUGUGGUCUAUUUGAAGCACCGCUCGCCCUGGCAGGUGGAGAUUAAGUUAAUGUCCGAACAAGUUAUUCAUGUGGGCUUGUGCUUGCCCUCGUCGUGCCACAUGACGGAAAUACAGAGCCUAAUGGUUGACUACAUUAGUGGAGGUCUUUUUGUGGAGAACGACAUAUACGAUAUACAGCCGGAUGUUCUGUACGUGAAGGACCUGCAAAUAACUGCGGAGUUCUUCGAGAGAGAAAGUUUCAAGUUGCUCAGUGCCUUCGUGGCCUUUACAUUGGCCAUGGUCUUGAUAGCUUCUUAUCUAAGAAGUCGAUCUCAAGUGGCGGCCAUCAAAGACAUCGAUAGCGCGAGUUCAUCAGCGGGUGUUGUGGACACCUGCAUCGAUGACGAUGAGCUAUCACUGUGGAACUUUCCCAAACUGCGGAAUUUCAUUACUUGCUUCGACAUUCAAGAAAACCUCUCCAAAAUGUUCAGCGUCAAAGAUUCUAAGCCCACCGAGAUUCCUGUUAUCAAUGGUUUGCGCUCCAUCUGUGCCGUAUGGAUUUUGCUCUUCCACGUCAUGUGGUACAUGUACUUCACCGUCCACAACAAGACUUUCCUAAUAUCUUAUGCAGAGAAACUGUUCUUCCAGUACAUCAGUUCGGCCCCCAUAAUGGUGGAUGUAUUCUUUACGAUCAGUGGUUUUCUACAAACCUAUAACUUCUUGAGGAACACCAAAAAGAUUGAGACGAUUCGGGGCAAUAGCUUUGUACAGAAUGCCAUGCAGUUCUUCAAAUCGACCUUCCAUCGCUACUUAAGGCUUGUACCCCUCUACCUGGUGGUGAUGGCUGUGGUCGAUCUGCUGUUUGUCUACAUUGGCAAGGUGUCCGUCUACGACAUCAAUGAGAAGUUUGACGAAAACUGCGCCAACUAUUGGUGGCGCAACCUGUUCUUCAUACAGAACCUGUUCGACCACAAGGACAUGUGUGCCAAUUGGACGUGGUCGUUGGCAUGUGAGAUGCAAUACUUCCUCAUCGCUACCAUUCUAUUGUUCGCCUACACCAAGCACCCACGGUGUGUGAAACUGAUAACGGGAACGCUUUUGGGCGCCAACAUUAUGUGGUCCUAUGGCAUCGGAUUUAAUACCAACUUUCAGUUGUCGUUCGAUACGCUCUUCACCACUGGCACAGACAUCUACAUAAGUCCCUUCGUGCGGGUAAUGCCCUACAUCAUAGGUUGCAUUGCCGGCUGGGCCUAUGUGGAGUACCAACUGCGUCCCACUGAUAUGAGCGAUUUUAAGGAGAGCCUCUGUUGGAACCUCUCCAUUAUCGUUUUCUUUGUAUGUCAGUACUCGACCGUUAAGAGGGAUGUGUCGCCGGUGACGGCCAUUUCGCUGUUUGUCGUUGGCCGGCUGCUGUUCUCCAUGGCCAUCAGUUGGGUUAUUAUCGGCAGUGCAGCGGGUCGCGGUGUUGUGUGGUCAAGGUUUUUGGAAGCCAAAGUAUUCCAACACCUGAACAGAAUCUCUUACGCCUUCUAUUUGCUCAAUCCAUUUGUGAUUGCCUUCUUCUUUGGUCUAACCAACAGCAGUACUCAUGCCGAUCCGUUUAUGUUGUGCGUUCUGUGCACCGGCUUCACCAUAAUUGUGUAUGCGGCUUCCGUGCUAUUUUCCUUGGCCUUCGAAGUUCCCUUUUGCAAUUGGUCGUCGCAUUUGCUGCGGCGCAGCAACACCCCACCCAAGGCCAAGAGUGCAUAAGUACUUCAAAGUUUUUUGAACCUAUUGUGAUCGCCCAUUAACCUCCGCAUCGCCCCAAUCACCGUCCAUUUCAUCACAUUGCCUGGCAUUUCAUCGCAACGAACUAAGUCAUUACAAGUCUACUCAGACACCAUCUCAUGAGCAUUAAUUUAAUUAAAAUAUAAUUUUAGAGUACUAG